CUCCGAUGAAUCUCUGUGCAUGCCCGAAGACCUGGUGCCAUGUAGUGAUCCUGGUGAGGACGACCUUCCCCUCUGCCUGUCGCCGCCCCCCGCCUCGACCACUCUCCUGCCGGGGCCGCCGCAGGACUCCCCUCCGCUCGCCCGCUCGCCCUCCGCACAUUCCCUCUCCUCAGGAGAGCUACCUAGCACUCUCUUGAGCACAGGUUCACGCUCUAGCACGCCGCUGCUGCCGCUAGACUCACCUCCUCACUCACCCUCCUCGGUAGGGCGGCCUCCUUACCAGACACGAUUCUACCACCUCACCUCACAGGCGGACGACGAGGUGGAGCUGACCCCUCACCUGGAGCAGCACGACCCCGGGGCCGACUCCAUGGACAGCUGUGAUAACAAGGCUGUGACCUCGAGCGUCGGCGGGCGGCGCUGGGGCAUGCGGGGCGACCCCGGCUCACUCCCGUCCCUCACCGAGCCCGACUCCCCGCCGACGACCUCGCUCGACCUGGAGUGGGAGCCGGAGGCGGGUACGCGUUUCAGAGGAGGAGGCCUGGCGCUCGCUGGGGCUCGCUUCUCUGGUCCUCUUCCGCUUCAUCGUUCUUCUUCUUUUUCUUGUGUCCAUGGUCUCGGCGUCGGGAACCGCGAGUCCCUGGGCGACGACCGCGAGGAGGAGGCGUCUCACACGGCGGAGUCGGGGUCGUGGGUGCCCCGGUCCUCGUGCUCGACGCCCAACAGCCUCGAGUGGGACUUCCGCGCAUCCACACUAAGCCUCCGCGGCGGCAACGAGGAUGAAGCGUGGCAGCACACAGACAUGGAGACGGAGCAACUCCUGCACGAGAUAGAGCAGCUUGCGGCGCGCGCCCUCGCUGACACAGGGCACGGGCUGCAAUCCGCUCCCAGAUAGGAGCAGCACUGAGUGGUUAGCGCACGAAGGACCUCCAUACGGCCGGCCAGGUGCUCGGGGAACGCGCGGGGUUCCUGCUCGAGAGGAAUGUGCUGGAAGGAAGUGGGUCUCCCGUGGCCGCUUAACGGUACCUGAUCAAUGGCAAAAAAUUAGAUUCACUUUUCCUGCGUCUACUUCGAAGACGGAAAAACUAAUUAGGCAUUUCAGUUUCUGCAGUUCUUCACUUCAGGGUAAAGCAAUACUAUUGCGGCAUCAUAUCAACACAUACAAGCACAAAUGUUUGAUUCUACUAAACCAUAGGUCUUUCCUCCCUAGUUGCAUUUAAAACCUUGUUCCUAUGACCUUUUGCCCCGAGAGAGACCCCAUGCUGCCCGGCCCUUGUCUUUUCCUCCAGCCGAUGGGAAUCCGUGAGUCUAUACAGAACAGCGAAAUUCGAAAUCCUCUCUCCAGUGGGAAAUAUUGCUCUAACACAUUGAUCCGGCUAGUGAACCCGUUUGGAAACGGAAACCAGAUUGUACCAGAACCUUGAAGCCAAGCUAGAGCCUGCCUUUGCCUCCCCGAAGCCCCGGCCGGUUCACACCCGCACAUCGAGAGCUUCCUCCGCACGCUCCAGGCCACGACGACCUCACCCGCGCAAGACGCUCUUCAUGCAUGUUACUCUUCAACUCAGACUCUGGUUGUUUAUACGGCAAUGGCCCCGAAGGAAAGAGAGCUUGCGGAUUAGGAACACCUGCAGAAAGCUGGAAAGUCUCAUAAUCAAGAUUUAAAGACGAUGGAGAAUUGUAUACGAUGUGAAGAGUAACUCUUUGUCAUCAAGUCUGGUCUUCAUGGCUGUGGCGCGAGAGGUGACACGGCCUCCUUGAACUUGCUGCCCCCGUGGUUGACGAGCACCGUCCCCACCUGCUUUGAAUGGGGUGGACGUGGGUUGACGUUCAGCGACCGCCUUCCUCAGACUGUAUAAGACCUGCAUUAUUAUAACUGUGGAUAUAAACGCCCUUUAGACAUCGAUAUACGUACAUACAUACAUGAAGAAUAGAAAAACACAAUACCGUGUUGAUACUAUGGUAGAAAAACCCACAAUGCACAAACUAGC